GGGUUAGUAGAGAUGAGACAACGAAGUGUCAUUUCCAUGUCUUGAUUGGCUCGCUCCGACUGGCCGUUGGAUUGGGGAUGAAACCCGGAGGACAGGCUGGCCGACGACACGACAUGGGCAGUUUUGGUGAACCUGUCCACCACCGUAAGGAUGGUGGUGUUGCCGUCUGACUGUUAUUUGCUUAUGUUGAUUUCCUUGAACAAUUAAAAAACGCCUUUCGAAUUUAACAAGCUAUUUUGUCCUGCACUGGGCGCCGUACCAUAUAAAAUCGAAGUGUAUGCUGGGCCUGCGUGAGUGGUUUUUUUUCCGGGCGGAGAUAAUGUUGUUUCCACAAAUGGUAGCAAGCAAUUUCCAUUGAUAGAAGUUUGUAUUGCACGUUUAUUGUACACAAUUACUAUUAUGUGUCCUCUAUUGUUCAGUUUCAUUGACACUAGGCAGCUAUUUAAUAGCUAAGUUGCGUCAUCCUUCGUAAUAGCAAAUGUGUUAUCUAGCUAACGUUAGCCAGCUAGCUUCCCAACCGCAGAGUUAAACCUUUGAAAUUAAUGUUUUUAUACUAAUGUUGGCUAAACCUGCCAUUACUGGGGGUCAUUUCGGAAGGUAGUAUUAUGUAUGAACCAUGAACUUUGCUCGUGCAAGACAUAUGCCCAACUGAUUUCGACGUUAACAGACUGUAGAGAGACUAGCUAACAUUAGCUAGUAUCCGCUAGCUAGCUAAUAGUGAUUGGUUUCCAAGCACCCAAGUCCAUCUUGAAUAGGCACACAGCUACAACAGAGACAAUGGAUGAGAGCCCAGAAGCUGCUGUGGAUAACGAUGACCUUGUUAUUAUUGUGGAAAACGAGGCAGAGAGCUUGCCAGCUGAAGAGGAGAGGGCGAAACAACUAGGAGGUAGCCUCGGUCUCAUGGACACUUGCCCUGUCUGCAAGUUGAAUUUCCACAACAGAGAGCCGAAACUUCUGCCAUGCCUCCACUCUUUCUGCAAUAAGUGUCUUCCACCUCCUUCAAGGAACUUAGUCAACACUGAACAACGGCGCGACCCGCAACUUCAAGCGGACAACUCGAAACCACGUGAGCUCCUCAAUGUGAUCCGCUGCCCAGUGUGUCGACAAGAGUGCUGGGAGGUGGAGGUGCUCGAUAACUUCUUUGUGAAGGACUCUGUGGAAGUUCCCAGCAGCACAGUGGAGAAGACCAGUCAGGUGUGUAUGAGUUGUGAUGACAACACAGAGGCCACGGGGUUCUGUGUGGAGUGUGUGGAGUUCCUGUGUGUGACGUGUAUUGAGGCCCACCAGCGAGUCAAAUUUACCAGGGAUCAUACCAUACGGCAGAAGGAGGAGAUGUCCCCAGAGGCUGUUGGUGCAUCCACACAGAAGCCAGUGUUUUGUGACAUCCACAAGCAGGAGCCCCUCAAGCUGUUCUGUGAGACCUGCGACCGUCUCACAUGCAGAGACUGUCAGCUGCUCAAGCACAAAGACCACAAUUACCAGUUCCUUGAAGAUGCCUACAGAAACCACAGGCAACACCUGGAAAACAUGACACAUCAGCUACAGGAGAAGAGGAAAGCCAUAGAAGAAGUGUCCAAUUGCAUCAACAAUGGACUCCAGCAAGUUGAUGAAAACCGCAAGUCUGUCACCAAUGAGAUAAAGAAGUCAAUUUGCAACUUGAUCAUGGAGAUCAACAGAAAGGGAAAAAUCUUGGUCAAUCAACUUGAGACACUGACGAAGGACCAUGAGGUCGGACUGAAGAAACAACAAGAAGAUGUCAGCCACCUCACCAGACAUCUAGAUCACGUCAUCAACUUCACCAAGUGGGCCACAGCCAGUCACAGUGGCACAGCUCUGCUGUACUGCAAGAGACUGAUUCUUUGCCAAAUCCAUUACCUAAUGAGGGCCAACUGUAACGCAUCCAUCGUCCCUCAGAGCUCAGUCCGCUUCCAGUGCCGCUCCGGUUUCUGGGCCUCAAAUGUCGACCUUGGGUCUUUGGCAGUAGAGAGAAUCCCUGGUCGUCAGCCCAGUUCCAUGCAGCAGGGCUUCCCUCCUGGCCAGCCUGGCCCCGGCCCUAGAGGAGAGGGCCCUCCCGGGGCCUUCCCUCCAGGCUCCUCCGCCCAUCAGCGUGGGAGCACCCUGGCCCAGCUCCAGCUGCAGGUAGAGAAGCUUGCCCAGCACCCCAACAGGGCUGGACAGCCCCCUCCCAACCAUUGGUCCUGGUACCAGCAGGGUCUGAAACUACCGGGGCCAGGUCCAGGGGGCCCACCUCCACAGAGGCCCCACCAGGGGGGUUCUCCAUCACAGGGUCCCCCCAACUUGGUCCAGAUCCAGCAGCCAGGCCGGAGUUAUGGACCCCCCGGGCCCCAAACCCAUCCCAACCCCAGGAGCCCCACCUCUAUGCUGCAAAACACAGGCUUCCCUCCUCAGUCUUUAAGGGAUCUCAUCCACAACUCCAGCUUCCCUCCCAAACCAAUGGAUGUGCUACAGGGUACCUCCCGCUACUCUCAUGCACCUCCUAACACAGGACCCAUCAGCACUCAAGCCUCUAUACACCAGCGUAACAUGAUGGAAGCCGCACAACUGAGGAGGAGUGACCCCAGUGGAUCUUCAUCAUUAUCCAUACCCAACCCCAGAGCUAGUUAUGCUCCGAGCCUAGCCACUGCCUUCCCAGACCGACAUGCACAAGGAAGACAGAAUUCCCCCAUGUCCAAAUCUGAAGCCAACAUAGGGUCUGCUUCCUGGAAGCGCACAGAGCCUCAUGCUGCGGCUCCCCCCUCAGCUAAGCGGAGGCGAAGGUCGUCCCCCGGACCAAUCAUCGUCAUCAAGGACGAACCAGAGGACGAUGACGAAGUCAGCUUUGUGCAGUCUAGUGUUGGAGCCUCAGCCAGCCUGCCAGACAGCAGUACAGGCAUCCAGCCCAAGCCCCAGCAGCAGUCUUUCCCAGCACCCAUGGUGGAGCUCCAGCUAGAGCCAGAGCCCCAGCUAGAGCCAGAGCCCCAGCUAGAGCCAGAGCCCCAGCUAGAGCCAGAGCCCCAGCUAGAGCCCCAGCUAGAACCAGAGCCCCAGCCAGAGGCCCAGCCCCAGCCAGAGGCCCAGCCCCAGCCAGAGGCCCAGCCCCAGCCAGAGGCCCAGCCCCAGCCAGAGGCCCAGCUAGAGCCAGAGGCCCAGCCAGAGACCCAGGUAGAGCUAGAGGCAGACUCCCAACCAGACCGAGAAAAUGCCCCAGGUCUCCCUGAAGACGACCCGAAUGAAGACUGGUGCGCCGUGUGUCAGAAUGGGGGAGAACUGCUCUGCUGUGACAGAUGUCCCAAAGUCUUCCAUCUGAACUGUCAUAUACCUUCACUUAGAGAGUCUCCCAGUGGUGAGUGGUUCUGUUCGUUCUGUCGUGACCUGGCCAGUCCUGAGAUGGAGUAUAACCCAGAUAGCCAGGGAGAAUCACCAGCCAUGAAGGAAGAGCCAGGAUCAGAGAGAUUCCCUCCAGUUGAUAAAAGGAAAUGUGAGAGACUGUUACUCUGCAUCUACUGCAACGAGUUCAGUACAGAUUUCCAGGAGCCUGCUUCACCCUCGUCAAUCCCAGAGUAUAAGGAGCUGAUUGAGACUCCAAUGGACCUGUCUAUAGUGAAGAGCAGGCUGGAGUCGAAGGAGAGCCCAUGUUACUGCAGUGCUGAGGAGUUUGUCAAGGAUGUCAGGCUCAUAUUCAGGAACUGUGCAAAGUAUUACCAGGCAGACACUGAGGUGGGAGCUGCAGGACUGAGCCUGGAGGAGUACUUUGAAGAGCAGCUGAAGCUCCUCUACCAAGACAGGAGCUUCUCUGGGGGCAGAGAGGAGGGCAUGAUACCCCCUGUGGAGGAUGAGAUGGAAGAAGGGAUGGAAGACGACGGGAUGGCUCCUAACGAAGGGGAUAUGCCCCCGGUCGAGGACGAUCUAACACCUGUUGAAGAAGGGAUGCCUUCUAUGGAGAAAGAAGGAACGGAAGAGGCUCCUGUGGAAGGAGGGAUGGAGGAAGAAGGGAUACCUCCUUUAGAAGAGAGCAUGGAAGGGGAAGAGACUUCUCCAGUGAAAGGAGACUCACCACCUUCUGAUGCUACUGAACUAGUAGAUCCAUCAACAAGGGGUGCAUCAUCACCCAACCUUCCCAGCAAGGAUGCUCCUCAACCCCUCUCAGAUACCCCAGACAACCCUCCUUCCGAGGAGGCCCCCCAACCCCUCUCAGAUACCCCAGACAACCCUCCUGACACCAGCCCUGCUGACUCCCAGGACACCAGCCCUGCUGCAGGCUUCACCACAGAAAAUGAGGGGACGACUGAAGAAGUGCGAGACGAAGCAGAAGAGGAAUGAUUCUUGUUCUUCCACUGUAAAUUGGACAGACAAUAAAGCUUUUAGAAUUAUCUACAGGAUCUGUUGUCUGAAAAUACAGGGAGACCUCUUUGCUGCGUCAUACACUUUUUUAUAUGAUUUUCAAUAAUAAAUAAAAAAAAAACAGAAAGCUGGGAUGUUUAACAGGGUACAGAGAUGGACAAUGAAUGCACAAAUGUUUGUCUUGUUACAAAGCAAUGUAGCUUCAUGUAUGAACUAAUAAUGCACAGACUGUUCUGUCUGCUGAGAUUGAGAAGUUACAAUCAUGCUGUAACUGAUGAACUUUCUACAAUAACAAUCAUAACACACAAAUAAUGUCCAUUAUUAUUGAUAAGUUGUCUGCAAUUUUCCAUGUUGGCUUUUGUAAAGAUGAAUGCCAUAUAAUACUGUAUAUUUAAAAUAAUGUAAGUGAUAUUAUUUAUCCAACUCUUAAGAAAAAUAACUGCAAAGACAGAACUCCAUGAAAACCAUAGCCCUACAUCACAUCUUAACUCAAAGUUUUUGAUAAAGGUCAAUAAUGUUUGUAACUUGUAUGUAUAGUUGUGUUUGUUAUAAUUUAGUUAAAUUAUAGGCUCCUCUUGUACAGAGCAUUGUUAAGGAGGUAUUCUGAAAGGUGGACUCAGCGAUAUAACAUAGAUGCAAAAGGCAAACAGCAUAGUGGGUCAAUUUCAGCGACAACUAAGAGCGUGCGGCUCAACUUCUCCGCUGUUUUGAUGCCCUGGCUACUGUGAAGAGAACUGUGUACGUGAGCAGAUACUGUGUGAGAGCGAAGUGUUGCAUCCGCUCAUCUCAAUAUCUGCUGUGCUGAUGGUGGCAAUGUCAUUUUUCUGAGUCUACCUUUAAGACUGUGUUCACUAGAUUACAGGGAUGUAAAAUGAAAGUGCAGUGUUCUCGAAUGGUGCUGCUUGAUUUUUGGCAUGUAAAGAGAACCAAACUGUAGCCCUCACUUUUCCUUGUUGCAUGUUUUCUUGUUGCCUGGCUACCCAGACAUGGUCUGGCCAAACGCUACGGCCACAGACGUUAUUUCUUCUCCACUAUCAGUCUGGAUCUGAGUACCUGCUCAACCCUUCACCGAAUGCGAACACAUUCGGGGCCGUCUGAUUGAUCCAGAAACCGAUGGGUUGGGCCAGAGCCAGAACACACGUGGAUAAAGCAUCCAGUUAGAAGAUGUGUAAUUGACUUUGAGACUGAUUGGUUAGAGAUUAUCCAAUCGAUGAGGACUUUGUUUUGAACAACGCCCCUCAUCGCCACCACAAGGCUUCAAUAGAUGCUGUAAAGAGGUCACUGGAAAGUAGACUUUGGGGGAUAGAAGAAGGAUGCCAGAUUGGUGCACAGUCAACAAAUCUGAUCUAACAAAGUGCAUAUUCGUCAAAUCCGUCGUGAUUGAUGUAUUGUAACAGGCCCACUGGUUACUAAAGUCUGAUUUGGAUUUAUUUGGCUGCAUAACAUUUAGAAGUAGUCCCUUUUCAGGUUUAGAAGUGAAUGCUAAAUGCUAACUCCUGUUGGUAUAAGCUGGUAGCAUACAGUAAAACUUGAAUGAAACGCUGAAUCUCAAAUAGCCGCCUGUCCCUUUUAAUAGCCAGGCAAUGGCACACAUUUCAGCAAAUAAACGCCCCUUUCAAAGAAACGCAGGGUCUAAAUUAAUUGUUUACAGAGGUUCCAUCAAUGACCAAAAACAGUCAACAACUUCCGGAGUACAGACCCCCAAAAAUCGCCCGAUCGCCUUCUAGUGGCGAAAGUAAGAACUGCCGAAAAUGCAGUCAAGGAGAAUAAUGAUUCUGUCAAUGAAAAGUUUAAAUAUUUUUUUUAACAGAGGCAUACUAGGACAAAAGAAACUUGACACAAUGUGUACAUGAUAACACAGUGUAGGAAAUGAAGAAAUGUAUUAAAAUGCUGGAAGUGAAUGCUGGAAUUAAACAAUUAAAUAUGCAAAUGAG